AUGAUCAGGCGACACCCGACGGCGAUCACGCUGGGGCACAAAGAUAUCCUGGAGUUGAAAGAGGAAUUGGAAGAGCAAAGGCUUCAACGAGAGAUCAAAGAGCAACAGAAAAGAUGGCAGAUGUCUGAGCAGGAAGCCCAAAAUGCUUCGCAGACAGAUCGAGACCAGAAUUUCGGUGAAUUUGAUGAUGAGGACAAAAAUACAAGUCACAUAUCAAUUAAAGGUGAAAGUGCAACACAACCGGGACCGCAAUAUCAGAGUCCUAACGGCGCCAUGGGGGACAGAGACACAUUGAACACGCAUCGUAAUCCAUUUCUAGCAGAAUAA